AUGGGCACUGUUAUCGGUAUUCGUCUCGUCGGUGAUGCCGCGAAGAACCAGGCCGCCAACAACCCCACCAACACCAUCUACGAUGUCAAGCGUCUGAUCGGUCGCAAGUUCGAGGAGAAGGAGGUCCAGUCCGAUAUCAAGCACUUCCCCUUCCAGGUCGUGAACAAGGAGGGCAAGCCCAUUGUUCGCGUCCAGGUAGGCGGAGCCGACAAGGACUUCACCCCCGAGGAGGUCUCGGCCAUGAUUUUGGGCAAGAUGAAGGAUGUCGCUGAGAGCUACCUUGGAAAGAAGGUCACUCACGCCGUCGUCACCGUCCCCGCCUACUUCAACGACAACCAGCGCCAGGCUACCAAGGAUGCCGGUGUCAUUGCCGGCCUCAACGUCCUCCGUAUUGUCAACGAGCCCACCGCCGCCGCUAUUGCCUACGGUCUUGACAAGACCGAUGUUGGCGAGCGCCACAUCAUUGUCUACGAUCUCGGUGGUGGUACCUUUGAUGUUUCCCUCCUGUCCAUUGACGAGGGUGUCUUCGAGGUCCUUGCCACCGCUGGUGACACCCACUUGGGUGGUGAGGAUUUCGAUCAGCGCGUCAUCAACUACUUCGCCAAGUCCUUCAACAAGAAGCACAGCGUUGACAUCACCAAGAACCCCAAGACCAUGGGUAAGCUCAAGCGUGAGGCUGAGAAGCUCAAGCGCUCGCUCUCUUCCCAGAUGUCGGCCCGUAUCGAGAUCGAGGCCUUCUUCGAUGGUGUCGAUUUCUCCGAGACCAUGACUCGCGCCAAGUUUGAGGAGCUCAACAUGGAUCUCUUCAAGAAGACUCUUAAGCCCGUCGAACAGGUCAUCAAGGAUGCCAAGGUCAAGAAGGAGGAUAUUGACGACAUUGUCCUCGUCGGUGGCUCCACCCGUAUCCCCAAGGUUCAGGCCCUCAUUGAGGAGUACUUUGGUGGCAAGAAGGCCUCCAAGGGUAUCAACCCCGACGAGGCUGUCGCUUUCGGCGCUGCCGUCCAGGCUGGUGUCCUUUCCGGUGAGGAGGGUACUGAGGAGAUUGUCCUCAUGGACGUCAACCCGUUGACCCUCGGUAUCGAGACCACCGGUGGUGUCAUGACCAAGCUCAUCACCCGUAACACUCCUAUCCCCACCCGCAAGAGCCAGAUCUUCUCCACCGCCGCCGACAACCAGCCCGUCGUCCUCAUUCAGAUUGAGGUCUCCUUCGACCUCGAUGCCAAUGGUAUUCUCAAGGUCUCUGCCCACGACAAGGGCACUGGCAAGACUGAGUCCAUCACCAUCACCAACGACAAGGGCCGUCUCACCCAGGAGGAGAUCGACCGCAUGGUUGAGGAGGCCGAGAAGUUCGCCGAGGAGGACAAGGCCCAGCGUGAGCGCAUCGAGUCCCGAAAUGGCCUCGAGAACUACGCCUUCAGCCUCAAGAACCAGGUCAACGACGACGACGGUCUUGGUGGCAAGAUCGACGACGAGGACAAGGAGGCCAUCCUCGACGCUGUCAAGGAGGCCCUUGACUGGCUCGAGGAGAACGGUGCCACGGCUGAGGCUGAGGACUUUGACGAGCAGAAGGAGAAGCUCUCUGGCGUCGCUUACCCCAUCACCUCCAAGAUCUACGAGGCUGGUGCCGGUGGUGCCGCUGAUGAUGAUGAGCCCGUCUCUCACGAUGAGCUAUAA